AUGGUAAUAGUCGACAAUAUGGAAGUAUUGCCGCCUGCCUUUGAUACCGCUAAAACGCAUGUUCUUGAAGAGAAUGGAGAGAAGAAGCCUCCACCAAUGGGGAGGAAACAAAAGCGACAGCAACGCGCACAGAACUUUAGAAGAACUACCAACGCAAAAGUUAUUGCAGAACUCGCGGAACGCGAGACUCUUUGCUGA